UGUAUGUAAAUGGCCGUGUGCGAGUCCAGGUGUGAGUGUGAGUGUAGGCCCGUGAGCCCAGGUGUGUGUAUGAGUGAGCAUGUGUGCGUGGCCGCGCUGCCUGGGCCCCACCUCUGCACCCGCGUCCCCGCGGGAUCCCGCCCGCCCCCAGGCCGGGACUACGACUCCCAGCAUGGCAGGGGCGGGCCCGCCCCGCCGCCCUGAUUGGCUGUGGCCCCCGUACUCCCGCCCCCCCGGGAAUGAAUGGAUGGGCGGCCUCCGCGCCUGCCCGCCCGUGCGCGAGGAGGACCGACCCGCGGGGACCUGCUGGGGGCAGGACCCGGGGAGCAAGAUGGCCACGGUCAUCCCCGGCCCCCUGAGUCUAGGCGAGGACUUCUACCGCGAGGCCAUCGAGCACUGCCGCAGCUACAACGCGCGCCUGUGUGCCGAGCGCAGCCUGCGCCUGCCCUUCCUCGACUCUCAGACCGGAGUGGCCCAGAACAACUGCUACAUCUGGAUGGAGAAGACCCACCGUGGGCCAGGUUUGGCUCCAGGACAGAUCUACACGUACCCCGCUCGAUGUUGGAGAAAAAAACGGAGACUCAAUAUCCUGGAGGACCCCAGACUCCGGCCCUGCGAGUACAAGAUCGACUGUGAGGCACCCCUGAAGAAGGAGGGCGGCCUUCCUGAAGGGCCGGUCCUUGAGGCUCUCCUGUGUGCUGAGACAGGGGAAAAGAAGAUUGAGCUGAAGGAGGAAGAGGCCAUUAUGGACUGCCAGAAACAGCAGUUGCUGGAGUUUCCGCAUGAUCUUGAGGUGGAAGACUUGGAGGAUGAUAUUCCCAGGAGGAAAAACAGGGCCAAAGGAAAGGCAUAUGGCAUCGGGGGUCUCCGGAAACGUCAGGACACCGCUUCCCUGGAGGACCGAGACAAGCCGUAUGUCUGUGAUAUCUGUGGGAAACGGUAUAAGAACCGGCCAGGGCUCAGCUACCACUACACCCACACCCACCUGGCUGAGGAGGAGGGGGAGGAGAACACCGAGCGCCACGCCCUGCCCUUCCACCGGAAAAACAACCAUAAACAGUUUUACAAAGAAUUGGCCUGGGUCCCUGAGGCACAGAGGAAACACACAGCCAAGAAGGGGCCUGACGGCACUGUCAUCCCCAAUGGCUACUGUGACUUCUGUCUGGGUGGCUCCAAGAAGACAGGGUGUCCCGAGGACCUCAUCUCCUGUGCUGACUGUGGGCGAUCAGGACACCCCUCGUGUUUACAGUUCACGGUGAACAUGACAGCGGCCGUUCGGACCUACCGCUGGCAGUGCAUCGAAUGCAAGUCCUGCAGCCUGUGUGGCACCUCGGAGAAUGAUGACCAGCUGCUGUUUUGUGAUGACUGUGAUCGGGGUUACCACAUGUACUGCCUGAGCCCCCCCAUGGCGGAGCCCCCGGAAGGGAGCUGGAGUUGUCACCUGUGUCUGCGGCACCUGAAAGAGAAGGCCUCUGCCUACAUCACUCUCACCUAGGCCUGGCUCUGGCUCACCUGGACCUCUGGGGUGGUGCUUGCCCAUCUGCCUCUCAGAGCUCCUCUACACUCUUCUCAUCCUUAAUGUGCCACCGUGGGAAGGGGCGCGGGAAGCCUGAGAGGAGGCUGGGCCACCCCCUUCCCUCUGUGCGAGUGGAAUGUUUGCCCUGCGGGUUGGUGGGCCCAGCAGGGCUCCUCUCUAUUCCUCCCUCCUUCCCCAUCCCUUGGCAAAUGGGCACCAGGGGCUUCUGCUCCCCUCAAAGCCAUACCCCGCCUCUGGGCGGGCAUGAGGGGUGGUGGAUGCCAGCCCAGGGCCUGGACCCAGCCUUUUUCUAAAGAAAAAAAUCAAAAAGUUAAAAAAAAGAAAUUAAUAUAUACAGAAUCCUAUAAGGCCUGGCUGGGUGAGGGGGCACUGCUGAGUGAGUCCACAGGGCACCAGUCUAUACCAGUUUCCUGCCUGGCAACCCCUCCCCCCAGUUUUGGAGCUGCAACUACCCCACUUCCCCUCCCCAGGUGGGCACCAUUCCCCACUCUUGCCCAAGGCAGAUGGGUGUGGUGCCCACCCUUUAUCCCCUCUUGGUGCCCACUGUGGAUACUGCAUGAUGUUGAACUGUGGCUUUGAAAUCUGUUCCUGCCCCUUCCUGAGAGCCCCACCCUGUCUGCCACCACCACAGUUACUGGUGGGGCAGGCGGGUCCCUGCCCAGCGCCUGCUGGGAUGAGAAGCACAGACUCUGCAAUGGACUAGUUUUUCCUCCUCCCCUGCCCUGAUCCCCACCGGCCUGGCCGGGCUACCCCUGCCCCCUUACUGGCCAUAUUGAGGGUAACAAGGGGGAGUGGUUAUUUCUUGUGGUUGUGUAUGUUUAUUGUUCGGGUUAAAAAAAGGGAAAUUGAGAUUGCAAGUGGAUGAGGUUGUGGAUUUUGGGGGCCUCCCCAAAUCCAGGCAUGCCCCCCCCCUUGUAAAUGAGUCUCCUUUAUUGCCUGCCUCUGCUGUGAAUUAAAUUGUUCUGUGUAUUAAACUGGGCCUGACCCCUCUGCCACGACUA